UCCUCACCUAGACUCAAGGUUCAUCCCUGAGCACAAUGUCUGUCUUCAAUAGUUCUGCCUUAUACCCUCGCUUCCUCCUAACGGGCCUCUCAGGCCUUGAAAGCAGAUAUGACUUGAUUUCCCUCCCCAUCUUCUUGGUUUAUGCCACCUCAAUUGCUGGGAACAUUAGCAUCCUCUUCAUUAUCAGAACUGAGUCUUCCCUCCACCAACCAAUGUAUUACUUUCUGUCAAUGCUGGCAUUCACUGACCUGGGCCUAUCUACCACUACCUUGCCUACCAUGUUCAGUGUCUUCUGGUUCCAUGCCCGGGAGAUCUCCUUCAAUGCUUGUCUGGUCCAAAUGUACUUCAUUCAUGUUUUCUCAAUUAUUGAGUCAGCUGUACUCUUGGCUAUGGCCUUUGAUCGCUUUAUAGCAAUCAGAGAACCCUUGCGCUAUGCAGCCAUUCUAACCAAUGAUGUAAUUAUUGGGAUUGGGUCGGCAAUUGCUGGAAGGGCCUUGGCUCUGGUGUUUCCAGCUUCCUUCCUCUUGAAGAAGCUUCAGUAUCAUGAUGUCAAUAUUCUGUCCUACCCUUUCUGCCUGCACCAGGACCUCAUAAAGUCAACUGUAUCCAACCAUGGAGUCAGCAGCAUCUAUGGCCUCAUGGUGGUUAUCUGUUCCAUGGGACUUGAUUCAUUGCUUCUCCUCCUCUCCUAUGUCCUCAUCAUGGGCACAGUGUUGAGUAUAGCCUCCAAGGCAGAGAGAGUGAGAGCCCUCAAUACUUGCAUCUCUCACAUCUGUGCUGUAUUCACCUUCUAUACGCCAAUGAUUGGGUUAUCUAUGAUCCGUCGCUAUGGACAGAAUGCUUCCCCAAUUGUCCAUGUGCUAAUGGCCAAUGUUUACUUGCUGGUUCCACCCCUCAUGAACCCCAUUGCCUACAGUGUUAAGACGAAGCAGAUUCGUGACAGAAUCCUGAAGAAAUUCAAGAAAGAUGAAGUGUAGAUGACAGAGAUUCUGAAACAUAUCUUUCCCUCAUUCUCUUUAUAAUUAUGAGAACACUUAAUGUAGUGUAGGAUUUUGAAUUCACGUUACCAAUGAUAUUUUGACUUUAAGAUACUGUAUCUAAACCUUGAUAAUAGUUAAUCUGUAUAUUUUCAAUAUAUAGAAUAAAGCUGUAGUUAUAUUUUACAGUGAAGAUAUUCAUUAUACACUUUGAGGGUCCUCAAUAUAUCAGAGAAAGAUUUAGAUUUCAAAAGUUUUUCAAUACUUUUUAACUUAAUUAAAAAAAAUUUUAAAUACAAGUUUUGAUCCUCUGUUCAGGGAAAAAGAAAUAUUUCUAGUAGGAGCACCUCAUAUCAAAAAUGGAAGAUAAAUAAAUAAAACCUAGCAAACUUUUAGAAGUGUAGAAGAAAGAAAAGUUGGACCAAAUUAAUCAAAUAAAUUGGAAUAAAGCAGAAACAGUGAUGAUGUAUGUAGGAAUCUGCAGAGGGCCUUCUAUUAUGAGGAGUAGAGAUACUAUGAGAUCCAGACUGCUGUCCAUUUUUUAAAAUCCGGGUUUUCAGUACAUUUCUCAAUUACUGAUGACAGUCUCAAGUUGUUCUACAUCCUAAAAUGUGUUCCUUAUAAGGUGAGCAGGAAGGAAUACAGUUCUUCAUUUUCUGUGUUCCUGUCCAUAUACUGUUCUGAUCAUCCUUUUCUGUGUUCCCAAUGACAUUCUACACUGAAAUGCUCAAUGUAUUUUUGGAGAUGAUAUUUUUCAUUGUUAAUUAUGGGAUUUAUGCAAAUACAUAUUUUAACUACUAGAAAAUUCUGAGAUGUUAUGCUAUGAAGGCUUUGUUUUCAAUUAAAAUGAUCAACUGGAAUAUCUGUUUUUAAUUUAUAUAGAACAAGAAAAUAUCUUUAAGAAUUGUGUAUACUCAUUAAUUCAACUUCAUCACCUCACACUCAAACCUGAAUCUGCUGUGGUCUGAUUUUCAUCUUCAUGAUUCCACUGAUAUGCCGUUUAUGCUAUUUCUAGUGCUCUACUUGUUACUAAAUUCAACAUUAAUAUCUUGAUUAAACUUCCAUUUUACUUUGCGUUAUUAACCACACUUUUCUUUUAGAGUAACCUUAUUUUAAGUUGUUUUAAACUUACAUAAAAAUUUAAAUAUGGUGCAGAGUUAUCAUAGAUCCUGCCCUCAGUUUUCCCUAUUAUUACCAUCUUAUAUUAGUAAAGUGUGUUUUUUAUAAUUAGUGGACUAACAUUGAUAGUUUAUUAUCCCCAGUUGUAUAUUAUUCAGAAAUUCUUAGUUUUUCUCCUAAUAUUCUUCUUGUACUCCAAGAUCCAAUCCAGGAUAUAACAUUACAUUAGCCACCAUGUGUUUAUAGACUGCUCUUAACCUUAAAAGUUUCUCAAUUAUCUUGGCAUUUUUGUGGACUACUAACAGAGAGUUUGUAAAAUGUUCCUCUAUAAGUAUUUUUCUGAUGCUUUUCUCAUUAUUAGAGUAGGCUUACAUGUUUUGGGGGGUAAGACCACAGAGGAAUAACACCAUUUUUAUUGCAUCAUAUCAAUAAUAUAUAUUAGCAACAUGACAUCACUGUUAAGGAUGACUUAUUUAUGCAAUUGGGAUAGUAUUUAUUAUGUUUCUCCACUGCCAACUUAAUCUUUUUUCUUUUUAAAAAUCCCUCUUUCCAUACCAUACUUUUUAAAAGGGAAUCACUUUUCAAAGCCUACACUGAAAGAAUGGAAAUUCAUGAGGUCAGAUUAUCUACUUGAAAUUAUUGUCUGAGAGAUUUUUCUCUUUUCUCUUAUUUACUCAAUCAUUUAUUUAUAUUAAUAUUGACUUCUGGAUAUUUAUUUUAUACCUUGGAUUAUGAUUCAAACCUGAGCUCAUCUAUUUUGGUAAUUUUUGUUUUUUAAUCACUAACUCAAUAUCUUCAUUUGUAUAGGUCCAUUCAGAUUUUCUACUUACUGAAGUCAGUUUCAGUAGCUAGCAUCUUUCAAAAAAUGUCUCCAUCUCAUCUAAGUAUUACAUGGUUUUUAUAGUAUUCCUUUGGAUUUUUAAUUUCUAUAAUGUUUAUAAUAAUGCCUCCCUUAAUUAUUUUUUCUAGUAAUUUGAAUUAAUUUUCUCUUUUUUUCCCCUAGGUCAAUGCAGAUAAAUGUUUGUCAGUUUUGUUUAUCUUUCCAAAUAAACAGGUUUUGGUUUUAUUAAUUUCGUUUUUGCUUUCCUAUUCUCUAUCUUAUUAAUUUGCAGUCUUGUCUAGUCUUUAAAAUUUACUUCCUUCCACAUGUGUAGUUUGCUCUUCUUUUGUGAUUCUCAAUGUGGAACUUUAGUUUAUAGAUUUGAGAUCUUCAUUUUUCCUUAACACAAGCAUUUGCAAUGAUAAAUUUCCCUGUAAAAACUGCUUUAGAGGUGUCUUAUGAAUUUUGACAUGUU